AUGGCUACCCCUAGUGUCGUUACCUUUUAUACUGAGGGUCGUGCUGUUGACUUUGAGGUCUGGGUCGAUGACCUCCAGCUAUUCUUACAGUGCGAUAGGGCGGACGGACUCUCACUGUUCGAUCUUACCUCUGGUGUUUCUCCUGCCCCGCCUGCUACUACUGACAGCACUGUUCGCUCACAGUGGGCCACGCGCAAUGCUGCUGCACGUCUUGCUGUGCGUCGCCACUUACCGACCACUGAGCGUGCGCACUUUAGCCUGGACCACUUCCUCUCAGUUUGCCCCACCACACUCACCGUUGACCUCCUCGAGGAGCGCCUCCUAGCAGCAGAGAAGAGCAUAGUCGCUGUAGGAGCCUCUCGUGGUGACCCUCGCACCCCCGUCUUUGAGGGGUGUUCUCCCUCCCCCCUCUUGCCCUCGGUUGCUUCUGCUGCUACGGCCGACCUAGUUGGCUUCGAGUCGGUCGGCACUGCGUCUGUCCCUAGCGGGAAGCGCCGCACCGGCAAGGGCAAGGGGGGCAAGGGCGCUGGGGGGGCCAGUGGGGGCGGUGGAGGUGGUGGUGGAGGCAGUGGAGGGGGUGGGGGUGGUGGUGGGAGUGGUGGUGGGGCCGGAGGUGUCGGUGGCAGUAGUGGAGGCGGAGGAGGCGGCAGUGGUGGCGGAGGGUGCGGAGGCGGCGGUGGUGGCGGAGGUGGCGGAGGUGGCGGAGGUGGCGAAGGCGGCGGAGGUGGCGGUGGAGCUGGUCGCAGCGCUGCGCAGAGGAGUGGCUCCGGUGGUGGUCCGCGCCAGCAGCAGCAGCGCGGUCGCGACCGCGCUGGUGAGCAGUGCGGGGGCACGCACUCCACCCAGCGGUGCUUCGGCCGCCUGACGGACGCUUGGCGUCAUCAGUUCCCUGACGCCACUGAGAUCCCUCGCUGGGGAGAGCUGUCUAGGGCGGGGGUAGCUAUCUUUGAUCUUGACUUUGAUGCUAUUCUUGUUGCCAUAGAUGCUGUGUCUACUAGUGAUGAGGGUGACUGUUACCUGUGUGUUCCGCCUGACCCGGGCAUUGAGGCUGCUGCUCUAGGUGCUGGUGAGGCUACUGCUCCAGGUGCUAGUGCGUCUGCUGCCCCAGGUGCUGGUGAGUCUGCUCUCUCAGGUACCACGUCGGCUCAGGCCUUGAACACCUUCACCCUUGACUCGGGUGCUUCCCGCUCCUUCUUUCGAGAUCGCACCACGCUUACGCCGCUUAGUCGGCCGGUUGCGGUCUCCCUGGCGGACCCCUCUGGGGGUCCUGUCCUUGCUAGCUUCUCCACUGUCUUACCGUGUCCGGCAGCCCCCUCUGGCACCCUGUCAGGUCUCUACCUCCCCUCGUUCUCUACGAACUUGGUGAGUGAAGCGGAUCUACAGGAUCGGGGGGUUGACCAGUUCACACCUGCGAGUCAACAUGUGACCCACUGUACGUGUGCUCGGACGGGCCGACACUUGGCCACGUUCACCCGUCAGCCGGGGUCGAGCCUGUACACACUGACCAUUGAGUCUCCUCCUGUUACUGAGUCUGGGGCCGGCCCCUACCUGCGUCCCCUGUGUCGAGGGGCGGAAGCGCGCCGCUCCUCACUCCUCCGAGUUUCCUCCGACAGAGGCUCCCCUGCAGACUCUUCAAUGGACGUGUGGGGCCCCGCCCGCGUCCGUGGCCAGGGUCACGAGCGUUACUUCCUGUUGGUGGUUGACUACUACUCGCGUUACACCACGGUGUUCCCCUUGCGCAGCAAGGGUGACGUCACUGAGGUGUUGAUCGACUGGAUCCGCGCAGCUCGUCUCCAGCUCAGAGAGAGUUUCGGCUCGGACUUUCCUGUUCUGCGUCUGCACUCUGACAAAGGCGGAGAGCUUUCCUCUGCCCAUCUUGGAGCCUUCUAUCGUGCACAGGGCAUCCGCCAGACCUUCACGCUUCCGGCCUCUCCAAAGAAAAAUAGGAUUGCUGAGCGCCGCAUUGGCAUGGUCAUGGACGUCAUGGACGCUGCUCCCCAUUUUCUCUGGCCGUUUGCGGUUCAGUACGCGGCGCAUCCGCUCAACCUUAAGCCCCGGGUCUCCUUGCCAGAGACCUCCCCCACAUUGCGGUGGACGGGGAAGGUUGGCGAUGCCUCUGCGUUUCGGGUCUGGGGAUCUCGGGCGUUUGUCCGCGACUUGUCUGCGGACAAGCUGUCCCCCCGUGCUGUUCCCUGCAUCUUCCUUGGCUUCCCCCCCGACGCGCCUGGUUGGCAGUUCUACCACCCCACCUCGCUCCGUGUUCUGUCCUCCCAGGACGUCACCUUUGACGAGUCGGUGCCUUACUACCGUCUCUUCCCCUACCGCAAUGCGCCCCUCCCCCCACCGCCGCUCUUCCUUGCGCCAGGUCCUCCCCUGGUAGACCCCCUCCCCCCUCAGGGUCCUGCCCCAUCAGGUGUGUCCCAGGUAGACGCAGUUGAGCCUGUCGAGGUAGCUGUUGACUCUGGUGCUGCUAGGGGCGCUGUGCAUGUGGGUGCCGGUCGGGGGGUGUUGAGCCUGGGGGUGCGGAACCUGGGGGUGCUGAGCCUGGGGGUGCGGAGCCUGGGGGUGGUGGGUCUACUCGUGUGGUCUCUGGCGGUGCUUCGUCGAGGCGGGAGCUACUCUCUCCGCAAGAGCUACGCGAGUGGUUUGCCCGGUGCUGGAGGCGUGCUGCUGGAGCUGGAGGUACUACUGGUGCUGCUGGUUCUUGAGGUGCACGUCCUGGCGGUUCUGGAGCUGGUGGGACUAGGAGUCCUGCUGGAGGUGCUACUAAAGCUGCUGGAGCUGGAGCUCCUGGGGGUGUUGGCGCUGGUGGUUCUGCUGGCGGUGGUGCUUCUAAGGGUGCUGGAGUUGGCGCUGUUGGAGCUGGAGGUGCUGUUGGCGCUGGUGCUGCCGCUGGGGGUAGUGGUGCUGUCCCUGCUGGUUCUGGAGCCUACUCUCACGCGUCUCCUGGCUAUUGUUGUCACUGACCCUUCUUUUGAUUCCACUGCUGCGUCAGCCUUAGUUGCUGGGCUUGUCGACUUUGCUGCUCGUUGUCGUCUAGACUACGCUGCUAGUCUUGUUGCUGAGUCUGCGUCUGUCUGUCCUCCGUCCGUCGGGGGUGAGUGUGUUCUUAGCACGGACGUCCUUGAGGAAAGGCAUGAGGAGUUCCAGUGUUUUGCUGCUUCUUUGCCUCAUCUCGUGUCCACGCUGAUUGCCCCUGAGGGAGACCCGGAUGCACCAGACAUCCCGACUCCUCGAUCGUACGCUGAGGCGAUCGAGGGUCCCUACUCCUCACAGUGGCAGGUGAAGCGGCCGCCGGGUUCUCCGCCUGUCUUCAAGGCGCGUUACGUGGCUCGAGGCUUCAGUCAGCAGCAGGGAGUUGACUACUUUCAGACCUUCUUCCCUACCCCAGAGAUGACCACUCUUCGGGUGCUGCUGCAUAUAGCCACUCAGCGCGACUACGAGCUUCACUCUCUUGACUUCAGCACUGCUUUCUUGCAGGGCAGCCUGCACGAGGAGAUCUGGCUGCGCCGCCCACCUGGCUUCACUGGGUCGUUUCCGGCUGGUACCCAGUGGAGCCUCUGGCGGCCAGUCUACAGUCUCCACCAGGCGCCCCGUGAGUGGCACGACACACUGAGGACUACACUUGCGGCUCUUGGGUUUGCUCCUUCUACUGCCGACCCGUCGCUGUUUCUGCGCACCGACACCUCUUUGGCGCCGUUCUAG